ACUUCCCUUACAGCUGCACACUUGGACUUCCUGGAGAUGAGAUAGCAGUCUGUGAAAAAAAGCUGCAGUUGCUAUUGUUUUGGACUAUUACUUUAGUUACACAUAAUUUCCAGACAUGUUCUCCUUCAACAUGUUUGACCACCCGAUGCCCAGGGCCUUCCAAAACCGCUUCUCUACACAGUACCGUUGCUAUUCAGUGUCCAUGCUUGCGGGCCCCAACGACAGAUCUGAUGUGGAGAAGGGAGGAAAAAUCAUAAUGCCACCUUCUGCGCUGGAUCAAUUAAGUAGGCUAAACAUCACAUACCCAAUGUUGUUCAAACUCACCAACAAGAACUCAGACAGGAUGACCCACUGUGGAGUUCUGGAGUUUGUGGCUGAUGAGGGAAUCUGCUACCUGCCACACUGGAUGAUGCAGAACUUGCUGCUGGAGGAAGGGGGGCUGGUGCAGGUGGAGAGUGUUAACCUGAUGGUGGCCACGUACUCAAAGUUCCAGCCUCAAAGUCCAGACUUCCUCGACAUCACCAACCCCAAAGCAGUGUUGGAAAAUGCCCUGAGGAACUUUGCCUGUUUGACAACCGGUGAUGUGAUUGCCAUUAACUACAAUGAAAAGAUCUAUGAGCUCAGAGUUAUGGAAACAAAGCCUGACAAAGCGGUGUCAAUUAUCGAAUGUGACAUGAACGUGGAUUUCGAUGCUCCGCUGGGAUACAAAGAGCCAGAGAGACACUCGCAUCACCAUGAAGAACCUACGGAGGAAGACACAGAUCCCAGCAACUAUGAGAUGGAUCUUGGAUUCAGAGCCUUCACAGGAUCAGGCAACCGUCUGGAUGGGAAGUUGAAAGGCAUAGAGCCCAGCCCUGCCCCCAUUGACCCCAGUGACAUCAAGCGAGGGAUCCCCAACUACGAGUUCAAACUGGGUCGCAUCACCUUCAUCAGGAACUCCCGUCCUCAGGCACGCAGAAUGGAGGAGGAUGAUGCGGGAACCAGUUUUAUUGCAUUCUCAGGAGAAGGGCAAUCUCUACGUAAGAAAGGACGCAAGCCUUGAACAAACGGCAUGACAACACAUAAGUCAUUGAAAAUAAACAAAAGAGAAACAAAAUGGGUAUGGAUCCUGUUGCCCCCCCAUUACCAAUUGGGUAUUUUCCCCUGGGAUAUUAGCAGGUGAAGAUGUUUUUUGAGUGAGUGUUUUCUUGAGUGACUGUGACCACUUUCUUUUCUAUGCAGAAAUAAAAGUGUGCGCGCGUGUGUCGGGUGUACAUAAGGACAAUUAUUUCAAAUCAUUGGAUUAGCUCAAUUGUUUUGGUUUAUUUAUACUUUUAAUCAUUUAUGAUCUUCAAUAAAAUUGCCUCCGCCUGUAAUA